CCGAGCGACGCUUUCCUGCGUCCAUGGCAAGGGUCUGGGAUCAUGGUGCGAUCUGGUGCGAUGACGACGAUAGGGGCUCCGAGUUUGCCGGGCACGAGGCCAGACGCAGCACACGCCCGCGCAGCCGGCGCCCUCGCCGCCGCGCAGGGAGCGGAGGGGGAGGAGGAGGCGGAGAAGGAGGAGGAGGAGGAGGAGGAGGAGGAGGAGGAGGAGGAGGAGGAGAAGGAUGCCUCACUCGCCCGCCUCGCCCCGCUGGAAGGCCAGCACGGCGGCCUGCUCGCACACGUCCCGGUCGCAGCACGAGAAGCCCGCCGCCUCCAGCUGCGCCGCGAACUCCUCCAGGAAGGGCCGCCGCAGCGUGGCCGAGGCCAGGACCAGGUCCGCCCCCGGCGCCAGCGCUCGCUCCAGAAUGGCCUGCAGGGCGGGCCAGCUGCCCCUGUUCUCGUACAGGCAGUCCGCCCGAACACCACGUCGAACGCCCCCGCCGGCAGCCGCGGGCACCGCGCCUCCUCCCCCCACUCGGCGGCCUGCGCAGCCACACGCCCCCGGGGGGGGCCCCCGCCGACCUCGCCCGGACCGGUGGCGGCGGCGCCCUCUGCGCCGCCCUCCUCGGCGCCCUCCUCCGCGCCCCCUGGGGCCGACGCCCUCGCCUUCCUCUCCGCGCGCGCGGCCUCGCGCGCGGCGCGCCGCUCCUUGGCGGACGGGCCCCUUGCGGCCGCCGCGUCGGCGGCCGCGGCGGCCGCCUCCUCCGCGUCGCUGUCGC